AAAAAGAGAAAGAAAGAAAGAAAGAAAGAAAGAAAGAAAGAAAGAAAGAAAGAAAGAAAGAGAGAAAGAAAGAAAGAAAACAGAUGCCCAAAUACAAGGUGGGCUAAAGUAGCUUUACAGUUGUUCAUAUGAAAAAUAAUGCAGUAAUUAAUAAAGAAUAAAGAAUAAACUCUAUUUCGACUACAACUGUAAACCUACCUUUGCCCACCCUGUAGAAACCUGAAGAUGCUCACUGGCCCAGCCCCCCAAGUCUCUCCUGGAACUUCUCCCACCUGUGCAGGUAGAGACAGACGCUAGUGUUCGCCUGACCUUCGUCAUCUUAGAUGAGAAAUGGAACCCACCUCAUGUCCCCUGCCGGGCAGGAGAACGCCAUCCUGGAGGAGCACUGCUGCGGCGUCGGAUGAGCAGGCUCCGCCAGGCACCCAGGUCAGCGGGUCCAGAUAUAGACAUACCAGUGGAAUCAGAAGUGAGCUGCAGAAGGCUCAGCAAAAACCCUUCACACAAAGUUCAAGAAUGUUACGUAGGCAGGACCUGUUUUCAACUCCAUCCACAGCUCCUCCCUGGCCUUCUGCUUCUGCUCUGGCUAUCUGCCGGCCUGGCCCACCACGGUUCCGCACUCUGGAGAGGCCCCCACAGCCACACCCAUGGGACCCCACGCUGCUACUCAGCCGAGGAGCUGCCCCUGGGCCAGGCUCCCACACACCUACUGGCUCGAGCUGCCAAGUGGGAGCAGACUUUGCCAGUAGCCCUGGUGUCCAGCCUGGAGGCAGUGGGCCGUAGGAGGUGGCAGGAGAGGCCCCCAGCUGGGACCCAGUGUCCGGUGCUGCAGCCUGAGGAGGUGCUAGAAGCCGACAUCCACCAGCGCUCCAUCUCGCCCUGGCGAUACCGUGUGGACACGGACGAGAACCGCUACCCACAGAAGCUGGCCGUCGCUGAGUGUCUGUGCAGGGGUUGCAUCAGCGCCAGGACCGGCCGCGAGACAGCAGCGCUCAACUCUGUGCCGCUGCACCAGAGCCUGCUGGUGCUGCGCCGCCGGCCCUGCUCCCUGGACGCAUCCGGGGUGCCCACGCCUGGGGCCUUUGCCUUCCACGCGGAGUACAUCAGAGUGCCCAUCGGCUGCACCUGCGUCCUGCCCAGGGUGGUACGGUGACCACUGGCCUCAGCUGUCCCGCUGUGCUGUGGGCGGGGAUCACCUCCCAGACUGGACAGUGGGGAUCUCUCUGCAGAGAGGGCCCCUCCUAUUUAUGUGUAUUUAUUGGCUAUUUAUAUGCCCUGGGUGGCCCUGCUUCUGCUGCCCAGGGUCCCUGGGCGGGUACCAGGGCUCCACGCCUCUAGUUUGAGGGAAGAACAGUGAAGAUUGGGCACGGGAAGGGCCAAGUGACCCUGCGCUCGUCAGCCCCCUCUCCACAUUGUUACCUUUCCUCACAGACAGUGGGCUAGAGGAAUGUUACUUUUCUAUAACUUCUUAAAACAACAGAAAAUGUGUUCUGAUGGCCCCCACCUUGGUGGUCCCUCUGGGAUCCCCCAAGCUCCUUUCCCCACCACCCCUGUAUUUCUAAAACUGUUUGUUGUAAAUGUGUGUCAUUAAAAUGAUAAACACUCCCUGGA